AAGCUUCUAGUGAAAUGAAAGUUAACGGACUGAAAUGUGUGAGGGAAAGAUAAAGUAGGUUUCACAAUAUCUCCAAAAGUAGUUCAAAGUACAAUUUAUGGGGUUUUAGAAGUAGAGCUACUGUCUGCUUCUUUACAAUUCCUGUCAGAACGUUUAUAGGUCAAGUGUAUCUACUGCAUCAUGGUGGACGCUUUGUCCUUCCUAGAAGAGGAUCUGACAUGUCUCAUCUGUUGUGAUGUCUUCACCGAUCCGGUCACUUUGAAAUGUAGCCACAGUUUGUGUGAGAAAUGUCUCCAGUGUUUCUGGACGGCUCGGGAUGUCCCGCAGUGUCCGGUCUGUCGGAAGGAAUGCUCUCAGGACGAGCCCACCAAGAGCCUGGCGUUCAGAGCACUCUGUGAGACCUUCAAGAAGAGAAAACCCUCAGCUGUUUCAGGAGACGUUCCCAAUUAGCAUUUGGUUACAGCUGCAAUCCCAUUUUACCCAGCGAACACCAAAUAUCUUACUGUUUAUCUACACAGACUCCAACACCCAUCAGUAGCAAACACAAUCCCUGAACUACAGGAAUAUCAACACUAUCCCAUUCAGACAGUGAUCUUCACCACAUGGGCCAGAAUGCAGAACCUCGUUGAACAGCUCAUCUGUGUUUCAGCUCCUGUGACUCUGGACCCAGACACAGCAUCCGGUAAACUGCUGGUGUCACAGGAUUGCACCAGUGUUCAGUACGUAGAAAUGAAACUGGAUGUGUUUGAUAACACAAAAAGGCUGCAUGACGGGGUGCUGGCCUCACAGGGCUUCAGCUCAGGUGUGCACUGCUGGGACACAGAGGUGGGUGAUAACAACAACUGGACACUGGCAGUGAUGGGGGAAACAGUGAACCGCAAAAAAAAAUGUAAAAUGAAUGCAAAAAAUCGCUUUUGGUGUUUUCGUAAUGUGAAUGGUAAAUACAAGAAAGGUAAAAAACCUGUCAGCGAUAUUGAUAGCAAUGAAAGGCCAAAUAUCAUCCGACUGCAGCUGGCCUUUGACAAAGGAGAGCUGAGAUUCAUCGACCCUUCCAAAAACAGAAGUCUGUGUACCUACACAGGUGGAUUUCCAGAGAAAGUCUUCCCAUAUUUCUGUACUGAAGAUGUGGACACACCACUGAGUCUUUUCCCAGCAAACACACUAAACAUCUAAACCAAAACUAACAUGACAAGUGAAUGCUGAACACCAUAAAUAUCCCUGUGCA